UCAGCAUCAACACAUCCGUGUUCAGGAGUGUUGGCCACAACCACUAAUUGCCCACACCUGAUCUCAAUUUUAUUGAGUGGUUGUUUACGUUGAAAUGGUGUCCGUUUGAAUAGACUAAAAUUAACAGCUUUGUAAAACAAAAACAAAAAAUACAUGUCAUUCUAGCUCCAUCUUCGUGGCGCAGUGGACUAAUUCCAUGGCUAGAGAAUCAAAGAUCAUAGGUUUAAAUCUCACUGACGCUGUGCCACAACAAAAAAUAAAUGUGUAUGCAUGAUUAAUGACAAAACAGAUAUAUUUCUAUGUGUCCUAUCUUUCACCUAACCUAGCAGUGUUAUUAAAAUCCUUAUUGAAACAUUCAGUGAAAGUUUUUUAAGGAAGUUAUUCAAAAACCUUGUUUCUGUUAUCAGAAUGUUAAUAAAACCUCCAGGAAAACUUUCAGGGAACCAUAGUAAAACGUUUUCAGAACCCCCCUGGAACCAUAGUAAAAUGUUCUCAGAACCCCCCUGGAACCAUAGUAAAACGUUCUCAGAACCUCCCUGGAACCAUAGUAAAACGUUCUGAGAACCUCCCUGGAACCAUAUUAAAAUGUUCCCAGAACUCCCCUGGAACCAUAGUAAAAUAUUCUCAGAACCCCCCUGGAACCACAGUAAAACGUUCUCAGAACGCCCUGGAACCAUAGUAAAAUAUUCUCAGAGCUCUCCUGGAACCACAGUAAAACGUUCUCAGAACUCCCCUGGAACCACAGUAAAAUGUUCUCAGAACCUCCCUGGAACCAUAUUAAAACGUUCUCAGAACUUCCCUGGAACCAUAGUCAAAUGUUCCCAGAACCCCCCUGGAACCAUAGUCAAAUGUUCCCAGAACCCCCCUGGAACCAUAUUAAAACGUUCUCAGAACCCCCCUGGAGCCAUAUUAAAAUGUUCUCAGAACCCCCCUGGAGCCAUAUUAAAAUGUUCUCAGAACCCCCCUGGAACCAUAGUAAAACGUUCUCAGAACCUCCCUGGAACCAUAUUAAAAUGUUCUCAGAACCCCCCUGGAGCCAUAUUAAAAUGUUCUCAGAACCCCCCUGGAACCAUAGUAAAACGUUCUCAGAACCUCCCUGGAACCAUAGUAAAACGUUCUCAGAACCCCCCUGCAACCUAAAUUAUUGUUCCCAUAACAGGCAAAAUGUUCACUUCCAUUCUCAGAACAUUUUUAAAAAACAUUAAAUUUUACUGGUCAGGAAACGUAUGCAUUGUUCCCAGAACCAAUGGGAAGCCAAAAACGUACGUUCCCACAAGUUCCAAGGACCCAAAUGUGCUAUCUGGGUAAUUGCCUCUGAAUAAUUAGGCUACUGAGCAACAGACUGUUGAAUGUUGUUGUGCUCUUUUGGUCAGAAAACCCAACACCUAGCGACCUCAUCUUUGGGUUAAGGUUGGUAAAGUAUUGACGAUGCAAUUUGUUAGAAAAAAAAAACCCGAAAACGAAAUAUUUACUUCAUGGCUGGUUUCCAUGUAUACAUGUUGGGAUCUCUGUGUAAACACACACGGGUGAAAAAGGUUCCCAACACAAACAAGUAGCUUAUAGUUUUCUUAACAGAUGGUUAUGAAUCAGAUAGUAUAACCUUGAGUUGCUUGCUGUGUGAUUCAUCAUACCAAAAAUGUGAAAUGGCUCCCGAGUAGUGCAGCGGUCUAAGGCACUGCAUCUCAGUGCAAGAGGUGUUGCUACAGUCCCUGGUUCGAAUCCAGGCUAUAAUCACCUCAGCCCGUGAUUGGGAGUCCCGCAGGGCGACGCACAAUUGGCCCAGCGUUGCCGGGGGUGGGGCCGUCAUUGUUAAUACGAAUUUGUUCUCAUUAACUGACUUGACUAGUUAAAUAAACGAUUAACUGAUGUGUCCUUUAAUAGGUUUUGUCUAUGCUUAUUGUUAGUCACUGAACUAGACAGAAAUAAAAAGCUGGUACCAUUGUCAGAAAAGCUUUUUAGUUAUUUUAAAAGCCUCCUUACCCUCUUAUCUUAAUUGUUCUUAAGGUCCUGCGACCACAGACCGAAACAACAAUUUGGACAUUUUUGGUCGUCUUAAUAUGAGCACUUUCAAAAUGUAAACAUAAAAAUAUCAACAAAAAAUGUAUGUUAAAUGUACAGUAUAUUUUCUUUAGCUGAUCAUACUACCGUCAUCAACAUUUUAUGCAUUUUACCAAUUGAUUUACUGUCUUUGUACUCAUACAGUCUCAACAGCAGUUCUACAAAACUUCACUGGCAGCAUAGCUGUUCAGCUGUAUUUCACAAAGAUAAUGUCUGUGUCCAAAAUGGCACCCUUUUCCCUAUAUAGUGCACUACUUUUAACCAGGGGCCCUGGUCGAAAUGAGUGCACAAGGGAAUAGGGUGCCAUUUGGGACAUAUAUUGUAUCAGUAUGAUAGCGCUGACUAGGACUCAAACCCUUUAUUAUGAGGUCAAUAAAGUGUUGUGGGUUCAGCCAGAGGUCAUGUCGGAGCUAGGGUUGCUUCCUGGUUGGAGCUAGGAUGGCUUCCUGGUUGGAGCUAGGGUUGCUUCCUGGUUGGAGCUAGGGUUGCUUCCUGGUUGGAGCUAGGGUUGCUUCCUGGUUGGAGCUAGGGUUGUAUCCUGGUUGGAGCUAUGGUUGCUUCCUGGUUGGAGCUAGGGUUGCUUCCUGGUUGCAAUAUUCUCAGAAUCAGAGCGUAAUAAGGAAAUAUGGAAUUCUCCAACCAGGAUUUCUAGAAAACCUGUUGCUGGCUGCAUCCCAAAUUGCAUUUCCUAUGUAGUGCACUGCUUUUGACCAGGUCUACCUAGGGAAUGGGGUGCCAUUUGGCAAACAAGCAGUGUCUGACCUUGAGAGAUUUAUUAAGUUAAUAAUCUGUUAUUUAUUUUGACCUUGUAGGUACAGUACUGGCUGAUGGGGGGUAUUGAAUCAGGGAGGAUACAGUACUGGCUGAUGGGGGUAUUAAAUCAGGGAGGAUACAGUACUGGGGGAUGGGGGUAUUGAAUCAGGGAGGAUACAGUACUGGCUGAUGGAGGUAUUGACUCAGGGAGGAUACAGCACUGGGGGAUGGGGGUAUUGAAUCAGGGAGGAUACAUGGAUCCAGAUUGCUGUGAUUACUCCUGAUGUUUACAACACUUCUGACAUCAUGUGAAGGGAUCAAGAGAGGAUGAAGAGGAGGAGGGGUGAUAUGCACAUCCUACAGAUCACCGAUUCGUCACAAAAAUUAAUACUUAGAUAAAGAAGUUAUCUAGAGAGGAGCACCAUGAUGGAUUCUAUUCAGUCUACGCCUGAUGUCUUCACCACAGACAGCACCUUGAGAGAACCAUACCACGAGACCCAACAGUCACCAUCCAACUCAACCAUACCCGUCGAGCAUCACAACAGCUUCCACAACACCCUACUAGGUGUCUUCCUGGGCUUCUUGUCGCUGCUCACCGUCGUCAUGAACAUCCUGGUACUCUACGCUGUUAAGAAGGAGCGGACCCUCCACACGGUGGGCAACCUCUACAUCGUCAGCCUCUCCGUGGCGGAUCUCAUCGUCGGGGCCACCGUCAUGCCCCUUAACCUGGUAUAUCUGCUGGAGGACGAGUGGAGGCUGGGGAGGGUCGUCUGUCAGUUCUGGCUCAUCAUGGAUUAUGUAGCCAGCACAGCCUCCAUCUUUAGUCUGUUUAUACUAUGUCUGGAUCGGUAUCGCUCCGUUCACGAGCCGCUGAGGUACCUGAAGUACCGAACCAGAAGGAGAGCUAGCGUUAUGAUCUCAGGGGCCUGGCUGUUGUCUACGAUGUGGAUUAUUCCUAUUCUAGGGUGGAGGUCGUUUGCUACGGUUGAUCUUAAGCCGGAAAUGGAGAAUAAGUGUGACACUGAUUUCCGGUUUGUUACGUGGUUUAAGGUUUUAACUUCAGUGUUAAACUUCCACCUUCCAUCUCUGUUGAUGCUGUGUUUCUACUCGCGCAUCUAUAUGGCUGUGAGGAAGCACUUCAGAGAGAGGGAAAAGAUUAUCAAUCCUACAGAUUCUAUGGCGGGAAACCGUACAGGACACAAAGUCCAAACAGGAAAUAGACCCUGCGAGUGUUCUAACGAGGAAAAGAAGGGAAGCGACUGUGACUUUGAUCAGUACACUUUAGACCAGGUGUACAACUCAACAGAUACAGCUGAGACCAAUGCAUCCAGGGAACACAAGUCUGGGAAAGACUCUCACUCCAGUCAUUCACUGCUCAGAAUGACAAAACAUCUGAGGACGACUGUAAAGGACAAAAGAAAGAGCAGCUGUUUGUCUUUUCAGGAGAAGGAUUCAGACUCAGAGACCCCUUUGAACCUGUCAACGGUACCUCUCAGCUUCACACACUCCGACGACAACGCGCAGGAACUGUACGUAUCCGUGAGCGACAUAGCCGUGCCGCUAAACACUGUGGCUGGCGUCUGCGAGAUAACCCAGAUAGCUGACGUGCAGAGAUAUACCACCAUGUUGUACAACGAUUUCACCCAGUCUCUGAAUUCACCCCCGUCACCAUGGCCCCAGGAGGACUCAGAGCCUGAAGAUGGUGCCAACCCGGACACUGCAGCCAACGCUGUGACUCUGAAGCAGACCUGGCAGAAGUUCUGCGCCCAGUCCAGGCAGCGUAUCCAGAGCCUUCAGGUCCAUAAGGAGCACAAAGCAGCCAAGCAGCUGGGCUGUAUUAUAGCUGGGUUCAUGACGUGCUGGAUCCCCUACUUCAUCGUCUUUAUGGUCAUGGCGUUCUGCCAGACCUGUGUACAUCACGACCUACAUAUGUUCACGAUAUGGCUCGGGUAUAUGAACUCUACUUUGAACCCAAUCAUAUACCCCCUCUGCAAUGAGAAUUUCAGAAGGGUGUUCAAAAAGAUUGUACACAUUCAUUUGUGAUGAAAAGGUUUUCAUGAACAGUGCCUUGAUUGGCAGGUAGCCCUUUAAGUUAUGUUUUUGAUGCUGCUUUAACUUAGAUGUGCUUGCAUGGUUUGAGUAACUUCAAUUUGGUACCUUUUAACUUUGCAUCGUUUUGUAAAUAUAAUGCUUAUUUAUUGUAGGCCUAAAUAUUUCUGUAUCAAACCCAAACCAUAACAUCAUCCUUCUCACUCAACAAUAAGUGCCACGUGUCAUUGUGAAAUAACAGAAAGCAUUGCAUUUCUGUAUUUAAUGAUUAUUAAUUUCAAUAACUCUGCAGAAGGCGGCACAGAGACGCUUUCAAUACAAUCUGGUUUAAGUAAAAAACCUUAAUUGUCUUUUUUUGUUGUGAAAACGGAAAUGUGUCUUAUCUCAGACCGUAACCAACCAUCCAGUCUUCAUGGAGUCGUGUCUGACUUUAAACAUUUAUUUUAGUAAUUUGUGUCUGUAAUUUCCAAUAAAAGUAUCUGAACUGGU